GGCUCCUCGGCGGCGACUGCGGAGGAUUCAGAGCCGAGUCGCUGAGGAGGAGGCUCUCCAGCCGCUGCGCGCCAUCCGCCACCCCGCUGGAUACGGGCGAGGGAGCGAGAGCGUCGCCGCCGUAGCCUCCCGGGAAGACAAGGGCAUCGCUCGCCGCCUCAGCCGCCGCCGCCGUUCUCGCCUGCAGUCGCUCGCCGGAUCCUCAGUCUUCCACAAUGAAUCCUGUUUACAGCCCCGUGCAGCCUGGGGCUCCUUAUGGCAACCCUAAGAACAUGGCCUACACGGGUUAUCCCACAGCCUACCCCGCCGCAGCCCCUGCCUACAAUCCCAGCCUAUACCCCACCAAUAGCCCCAGUUACGCUCCAGAGUUUCAGUUCCUGCAUUCAGCUUAUGCAACGCUGCUGAUGAAGCAGGCCUGGCCACAGAACUCGUCUUCCUGUGGCACCGAAGGCACCUUUCAUCUCCCCGUGGACACCGGCGCCGAGAACCGAACUUACCAGGCCUCCUCUGCGGCUUUCAGAUACACUGCGGGAACACCGUACAAGGUCCCACCAACCCAGAGUAACACUGCUCCGCCCCCCUACUCCCCAUCCCCUAACCCCUACCAGACGGCCAUGUAUCCCAUCAGAAGUGCCUACCCCCAGCAGAAUCUGUAUGCCCAGGGAGCCUACUACACGCAGCCGGUGUAUGCCGCCCAGCCCCACGUCAUCCACCACACCACCGUUGUCCAGCCCAACAGCAUCCCCUCCGCCAUCUACCCGGCACCUGUGGCUGCCCCCAGGACCAAUGGCGUGGCCAUGGGCAUGGUGGCGGGCACCACCAUGGCGAUGUCUGCAGGUACCCUGCUGACUACACCCCAGCACACCGCCAUUGGGGCACACCCUGUCUCCAUGCCAACGUACAGGGCCCAAGGGACCCCUACAUACAGCUACGUGCCCCCGCACUGGUAAAGCCUGAAGCCCACCCAAGCCUGGAGUCACACCUUGUAUGCAACUACUCAAGUUUUACAGCGGUGCUGGAACAGUCCCCUAGCAGCACCACCUCCACCCGCAAGAAGAGACAACGGAAGUGCAAGGGUCACUUUAUGCAUCUUUAAUGGUUUUGGUUUUUAUUUUUGAUUUUUGUAAAAGCUGCUUUUUCUAAUCUCUUGCCAUUGCCCCACCCUCCCACUUGUAGCUGCUGCCCUGCCAGCCCCUCACCUCCUACCUGACCAAGCCCUUUCCUCCCUGCUCCUCCUCGUGAGGGUCCUGCCCCCGGGGGUCCCAGGCUGGUGUCAAGCUGAGUGGAGUUUAUUAUGGUGGUUUCAGCUGGAGGCUCCGCUCCCGCAGGAAGAAAGCAGCCGAUGUGGCCCUUGGCCCAGGGCAGGAGCUUGGAGCUCAGAGCAGCCACAUCUCUGGGGAAUGCCCCUCUCUUAUUCUUCCCCAAGUAUAGUUAGUUCAGGACCUCACUGCAUCCUGACACACAGGAAAUGGAACAUCAGCUGAGAACCAUCACAACAGACUAGCAACACAACCACCCGACUGGGCAGGAGUUAGAAGCAGCUUAGUACCCCAGGUUGAGCACCUGGUCUUUUCUUUGCCACAGUGGGGGGGGGGGGGGGGGGCAGAAGGGGAGAGGAGUGCUGCCUGAGGGCUUUGGUUUGGCAGGUCCCUGCCACAUUGAGUGGCCCGGCACCUUCUGAUUUGCACAGUGAUGUUAACGGACAUGGCACUUCCUCACAAGGUGACUUUGACCUCAGACCCGCCGAGCUUCUGCUCCGUGGUGGGAUCCCAGCUUUCUGAGGCCUAGGGAGGGCAGGUGCCCUGUGUCACCUGGACCUCAGCCUCGGAGCUCACUCUGGGGAAUUAUGGAGUUGGGACCUGGACACUGCUCUCCCUUUCCCACCACCCUCCCCGGGGCCAGGGCUCACCGUGUGUCUGUGGGCCAGGCCAGCUGGCCAAGCUCCGGGUCAGCUCAUGCCCUUCACGGCCAGAGUGAAGGAACCACAUUCCAGCUGCGUGCGGGUGGCUCUGACCGUCAGGGCAGUGAAGGAAAAGCAAUAGCAAUAAACAUUUCAUAGACUCAUGGAGCUGAAGGGACCUUAGUGAUCAUCUCAUCCAUUCCCCUAUUUGACAGAUGAGGAAACAGGCCCAGAGAAGAGGAAAGGACUUCCCUGGACCUUGGAUAAGUUAGCAUUAAAUGCAGCCUUUCUCCCUGGUGGCCUGUUGCCUACAAAAGUUUGCCUGGGGCUGGACAGGUUUGGUUAUGUGAAAAUUUACGUCAGCAGCGCCCCCACCUGGUGAGCUCAGGAAUAGGCUCUGGCUUUUUCCUCCUGCGGACCUCAGGUGGGGCGGAAGAUGGGACACAUGGCAGCAGCAGGUGAAGCGAGCGCAUUUGGAGGAGACAUCUGGAACCUUCGUCCUGAACCUGCCUGACCCCCCACCCUCACCUCCAGGAAAAGGAGCAGAGGGGCUCACUGCAAAGGAGCGGCCAUGCUUUCAGGACAGAAGGAAGGGAAAAGAGCAGGCCAUCAGGAGGGGAGGAGCCCUGUGCUCCGGGAGGGGAGGGACAGCUGGACUAAGGAGCCCCACCCACCUCUGCCGGGACCUCAGGCUGCCCAGCGCCGCCCUCCUGCAGCCCCUCCAGACGGACCAAGAACAUUUUACUGUACACACUGGGAUCACUGACAUUUGGAACUUCUAAAUAAUUAUCUUCAUUUUAAAUUCAUGCAAACUUGGACACACCCCAACCCUACCCCCCACUGCUUCCUGAAGGUGGAAAGACAGAGGAAACCUUUGGGCGAGGAAGACACUGGCCGUUCCCAGCAAGGCCAAGCACCAGCAUCAGGACCAGUGUGGAAAGCCCGUGCUGUGGCCGGGGUCUGUGCAAACACCGCAGGCAGUUCUCCAGUGUUAACCCAUGUUUCACAAAUUCCUCCUCCUGCCCUCUUUGGUUUUCUGAAGGAAGGUGAAGGCUGUCCUAGAUUAUGUCAUACCUUUUUUUAAAUGCCAAAAUAAUAGGAAACCUUUGCGUUUGUCAGUCUUCAUAGAUUUCAGAGCACUUCACAGUCAGCUAGCGAGCCGGGAUCACAGCUCCUACAUCCAUCAGAGGAAGAAAAAGUGCCCCCCAAGGAGAAUGCUGGUGUUGUGGCAGGCUUCCUACCACCUGCCUCCCGAGGGGCUGGGCUAGAACCCCAGAGAGGAGGGGAAAGAACUGGAAAUGACCUUUUAACUUUGGUGAAACUCAGAGUUCAAAACAGGCAGAGCCCUGCCCCCUGAGUUACCUGGAGAAGAUUCCUGCUGCGUGCUAAUGAGCACCGGCCACUAGGCUCCCCAGAUAGCAAGCUCGCCCUCCAUCCUGGCCCAGGCUCCCUGCUAGGGUGCCUGUACUCAUCCCUGGCCUAACCCCAAAAUGUAACCCAAGCUCAGCUGAACACCCCAAGAUGUGAGUGAGGCUAUGGUCUGGAAGAACCUGAGGCCAGCUCUCCUGUUGAUUCUGAACACUGGAGCCAACUGCAGCUGCCCCUACCCCAGCUUUUGCUAGAGUGCCAGGAGCCCAGGAGAUCAGAGCAGGGCAUGCCCAGGUAGGCCAGGUUUGGCUCCUUAUAAGUUUGCAUGCCUCUGGCUGGAGGCACAAUGGGUAGCAUCCAAAGACUGAAUGGCUACUGUAGGCCAAAGCUGGUCUCCUCAUAGACAGGCUGGAGAGAAUAGGGACUGUGCCCAUUUGUCCCCCAUGGCACAGCCAUACCUUGGCAUUCAGGGUCAGCCUUCCGGGCCUUUGCCAUAGAACUCCCUCUCCUCCUCAGCCGGGGCCCAGCAAGUUCAUGACUGGAAGCUGGACUGUCCCUAACUAGUAAAAGCCUGACACAAAAUCUUUUGCCAGUUUUUCUUUAAAAUACUUGUUGAAAUACUUCCCCAUGAGAUGGGACAGUGGUUCUUCCUCCCCAGAGCUUUUUGGUACAGAGUACUGCGAUACUGUUUGCCAAAAUCUCCUUGCUUCCAAGAUUAGGACAGCUUAAAUUCAUCAUAAAUCUAAGACCCAACAUUUCACCUCCCAAGAUCCUCUGCUCUUUCUGCAGUCACUUGCUGGGCAUCUGGGUGGCAGGUGGGAGGUGGGAGGGGCUGCCUGUCUGCAGAGCAGCCAACGGAGCAGGAUUUUACAGGCAUCUGCCUCCCAGGCACCCAGUGGUACAACACAUCCAGCCACGCGUUGGCAGUGAAGGCCCCAUCUCAAAGAAAGUGGGUCUCAACACCCAGGCUGAAGGUAAGCUCUGGGGCAGCACAGAGAAAGAACCAUGCCCCUGCCAUGCCCGCACACCCUAUGCUCCACCUGUGCCCCAUGAAUUGGCCCUUGGCAGGCUAUAGUCCCAGGGCUGGCUGUCCCGAGGGCAAGACUCAGACCUAGAGAAAUGCCAAGCGAGGAGUCCACAUGUUUCCUCCAACCCAGCCGCCCCACGUGUAGAACAAUUGUCCCGGUGGUCCUGGGACAGAUCAGAAAUGAUUCUCUUGGGGCCAGAGAACAAGCCCCUUGACACCCCAUCCUGCCAUCUUGAUUCAUGUAAGGUCCCAGCGAGCCACUGCCUCAGUCAAGCCCAGAGUCCUGCCUGUCACAUCAAAUUCCUUGGCUAUGGCGCAUGCAGACAAGCCACCUCCCCCUGUCCCACACUGUCCCCACUCUGGGUCCCAUCGCCUUCAUCACAGCAUCAUGACUGGUCAGGCGGUUUGUGUGCACUUUGCCAUCUUGAACUCCUCUACUCCACUGCCAGGCACAGCUGCAGGGCAGGCGUGGGAGCCUGGAGAUGGGGAGGCAGGGAGUGGGCAGCUGGAAGCAAGCUGCCCUGGGCAGUUCAACCCUGCACACUUCCAGAAGCAGCAUAGGGGCAGGAAGAUGGUGGCAGAAACAUAGCCAGGCCCACUAAGGGCAUGCCCAAGGCUGCCAUGGCCAGGAAUGCCAGGCUGGCUGCCCGGCUUGUCCUUUACUGGCUCUCACCUCUCUUGCCUAGGAAACUUUAUGAAAUGGGGCAUCCCAUGGUGCCAGGGUCCAGACCCUCCAAUCCCCGGCAAGCCAGUUUCAACAUUCCAGGGCCAGCCUCGCCCAGGCCAGACACGGGUCUCUCUCACUCUGUGUUUCCUACCUGCAUGCUGGCACUGGGCACGCAUGGUCAGGACUCUACCACCGAGCUAGCAGGGAAUGGACAGUGGCUGCGUCCAUAGCCUACAGGUGCCCUGUGGCAGCAAGGCCCAGCCCUCCAAGAAUGAGAACAGCGGGAAACUACCUUGUAGUCAAGUCCCAGCCUGCCUCCUCAGGCCUGGGGGGUCCUGUGCCCCCAGUCCCUGAUGUGACUCCAUGGCCAAAGCUCCUGACUCAACAGGACCACAGCUGGGAGAGGCAUGGGGGUCUGUUCCCCUCACCAUUUGAAGCAUCUGUGCACCCCCCCUUCCUAUCACAUGACAGAAAAACCUGUUCUGGCCUGUAACACCCUUGUGAAGAGAGCGCUGUAUAUGAUUUUGUAUUUUUUAAUUCAUUUUAACCUACAGGUUGGAAUCUAAUUUUUAAAUUUUAUUGGAACUCACAUUUUAAAAAGAAAUAAACAAUUUAAAAUAAUAAUGCUAAUCAACCUCUGAGCGGUGUCUUCCACGCAGUUUGAAGAGACUUAGAGGAGUGCAGCAACACUCUGCUGGGGGAGGCUGGCCUCGCUGGCCUGCCUGUGUGUGUGAAGUGUAAAUCGGGAUUUGUUUCCUUGUUUUGGAUUCUUUUGGGUUUUUGUUUCUUUUCGCUUGGGAAAAUCAGAUAAUGAUCGCUCUGAAAGACUGAAGCCAAGAAUUUGUAACUAUGACAUUUACUGUAAGCUGUAGAACACUCAAUAACUAUUAAAAAAAAGUUUCCAAAAAAA